GGCCCUGUUUCCCGGGUGAUGGCUGCUCGGAAGCGGCAGGGUUAGGGCCCAGGCCUCCGCGGCCCGGUUCCUGGGGCCGCGACCAGGAACCUCAGCCUGCGGGAGUCAGCCAGGAGCGAGGUCCAAGCCUGGGGCCGCGCAUCGGCGGGCGGCGGCCCGGCAGGCCAUGUCUGAGGACUCCCCGUCGCUGUGGGAGCUGGUGGAGGAGCACGUUCCGCUCCCGGAGCAGCCCGAAGUAAAGAGAAUUCUAGGGGAGACGGCAGUGGACCUGAGCCUGGAGCUGCGGGCAGAGGUGGUGAUGCUACGAUCACUGCUCCGAGAGGCUCGAUCCUCCCAAGCCCCUGGCUCCCGCCCCACCUUUCACCCUUCCUCCCUUCUGGCACCGCCACCCCUUCUAAGAGAUCUCGUGCGCCGGGAACUGAGGCAGCUGCUCCAAGGUCUCCGCCAGAAGGCCAUCUGUGAGGGCAGGGACCAGACCCAGGCUUGGGCCCAGUAUAGCCCCAGGAUCCUGCGCUUUGCCUUGGAAGAGCCCAGGUGUGAUUUGCCAGAACAGGAAAUAUUCCAGAUGAGGGCUGGUGAAUCCAGCAGCUGUCCCAGAGACCUCAGCAUCAUCGACCAACUGAAUGUGUACAACAUUGACCAGGUGGCCAGACACCUGCGGGCCCUGCUGGAGGAGGAGUGUCGUAUGUUGGAGAGGGAGAUUCCCAUCCUUCAGCGCUGCCUGGAAGGGGAGUACACAGGGGCACCCCAGCCCUCCGAGGCAACCCUAGAGCCCACCCUGGCAGGUGAGGACCCUGAGCAGGCCCCUGUCCUUGCCCCACUCCUGUACACAUGCCAGAAGAGCUGUCUCAGACAGACCUCUCCUCCAGAGCUAAAGGAACAGAAGGCAGCCAUGCAACGGGCUCUGCAGUCACCUCCGAGGCCCUCCCCGGUCUCCCCCAGCCACAGGCAGUGGCCCUUGGGGUCCUCCAGCCAGGGUCUCAGACCCUUGCCUUGCCUCCGUGGGGCUGCUGGAGUUUGGACCAGGCCUCUCCAGUGCUGCCUGCCUGUUCCUCCUCUGGAGUGCUGCCCCAAGCCCCGAGGUCCGGCUGCCACCUGCCGCUGGGGGCGGAAGCUUCAGUGCAGCCCCAGGAAAAGGCUAAUGUCCACUCCAAUGUCUAGCUCAACACCCCAGACCCCAACCUGAAGGGUCAGUCAGGAAAGAGGCUUCAGCUUCUGCUGGCAUUCGCCCCAUCUGCUGCUGCCACCUCUCAGCUGCUGUGAGCCAGCCCACUUCAGAUCUGGUCUUGGAUCAGCCCUCAGCAGGAUCCCGAGGCUGUCUGUCACCCCGC